CGUCGGCUGCGGCGGAGCCCCUGGCCGCUAGGUGGCGCCCGGGGCCCGGCGCUCCCUCCGGGGCGGCGCAUGCGCGGUGCUCCGCGCCGACCUGUGGGAGCUACGCCCGCGCACCGUUUCGCACGCCACGUCCACCCGCGGCCGCCGCUCUCGCUUGCCGCGCGCGCGCCUGCGACUCCCCGGCUCCCGCUGCCCGCUCCCUCCGGCCCAGCCCGCAGUCCGAGAUGUCCGAGCUGCCCGCCGACCGCAGUGCCCCGGCGCUGGGCGCCGCGAGUGGCGCCCGCGCUGCCCCGCAGGAGGAGGUAGGCGACGGGAGGCAGGCGUCGGCCCCGGCGCUGCCCGAGAACGCCAGGGCCGGUCCGAUGGUGGCGGCAGGCGCGGUUCCGAUGGCGGCGGACGGAGAAGGUCCGAUGGCGAUGGAGGGAGAAGGUCCUAUGGCGGCGGUCGGACAAGGUCCGAUGGCGGCGGCCGAGCAAGGUCCGAUGGCGGCGGCGGGUGAGGGUCCGAUGGCGGCGGCGGGAGGAGGUCCGAUGGCGGCGGCGGCGGCGGCGGCGGCGGGAGAAGGCCCGAUGGCGGCGGCCAGGGACGCCCGGAUGGCAGAAGUGGGCCGGGUGCUGGCGGAGCCCGCGGAGGAAGAGGGUCCCGAGAACCGGCGGCGGUCCAGGGCCGGGCACGGCCAGGGGCGCGCCGCGCUGCCCUACCUCCGCCUCCGCCACCCGCUCAGCCUCCUGGGCAUCAAUUACCAGCAGUUCCUGCGCCAUUACCUGGUCAACUACCCCAUCACCCCCGGCCGCAUCCAGGCGCUGGAGGAGCGCCGCCGCCGCUUCGUGGAGGCCUGCCGCGCGCGCGAGGCCGCGCUGGACGCCCACUACCAGCGGAACCCGCAGAGGAUGGACUUCGACAUCCUGAUGUUCACCAUCGCGCUCACGGCCUCCGAGGUCAUCAACCCCCUGAUCGAGGAGCUGGGCUGUGAUAAGUGCAUCAACAGAGAGUAGAGCAUCAAGGCGUGAUGAGUGCAUCGAGGCGCCCGGGCCCCGCCGCGUGUCGAGGCAGUGCUGUUCUGGGGGAUGGUUUUGUAUUUUGUUUGUUUUGUUUGUUUGUUUGUUUGUUUAACAACCCUGUAUCUUGAUUUUUUUUUAAUUUUUUUUUUUAAGCCCAAGUUUGUGAACAUAAAGUUAGUGCACAACUAGGGGGGAGGGGCCGCGGCUUAACCGUGCGAGCAUCUGAGACACUACGGGCUUUCACGGGCUUUUUGUGUGUGCGUGCGUGUGUGUGUGUGUGUGUGUGUGUGUGUGUGUGUGUGUGUGUAUGGUUGAUUCCCCGUUCUUUUCCCUGCAAUGUGAAAAUGUCUUAAACAGUUGCUGCAUCCCGAAAGGUGGAUGCUUGUUUUCAACUAAGACUUUCAGAAAGGAGAAAAAAAAAAAAGCCAGUCGAGCCCGUGAUGAUGAGAGAAAUCAGGUCGAUGACAACAGAGAUGGGCUAAGCAGAGCUCGGGGAGAGCUGGCCAUUCUCAGAAUCCGGACAGGUCAGAUUCAACCAUUCCCAGUGUCAGACUGUGUAUUCUGAGGCCUUGGAAGAGGCAGGAAGCAUCAAUGUUGUAUAUAUUACCUGAUAAACCAUGUAUUCAAAAAUA